AUGACGGUACAAGGCGGUUUCACCAGUGUGGCCGAGCAGCCAUGUCCUGACAGUCAGCAUCAGAUUCAGCCAGCCCUCGAUUCGUCCUCUUCCAGGGGUCCUUCAGCUGCUGCUACUACUACCACCACCACCACUUCCACUACUCAGCAGUCUGAUGCUUCCUCAUCUUCGACGACUGCCAUCGCCCACGCAGAUUCGCACAGGCAGAGUCACAAUCCUUCAAAAUUGCCUGCUUUCCGUUUUUCAGACCGAAGCAAAAGUCUUGGAAGCGUGCCCCUAGUUAAUAAGGGCGAACCCUUGUCAUUUAGCAGCAACCGGUACAAGCGAAACAAAAACCAGAAUCUCGAUUCGGGAAAUAAGAACAAGGACGCCCCAAACAUUGAUUAUAUCAACUACAAACCCGCGGCUUCGACGAUACCAACCACAAUUCCAACAUCAGCCCCCACGAUAUCUUCCGACAGUGCAUCAGCAGCGUUGCCUCUGCAAUCGUCAAUCGAAGAUUCCACUGUCUCACCCAAUCCAGACCCUGUCUCACCGGCCCCCGGCGUAGUAGCAUCGGAACCAGCAGUCCCAGGCCCUUCUCUGACCUCCCCGAAAGACGCUGUUAGUGGGCCAGCCACAGCGUCCAACCCUGACCCAGUAUCAGCAGCAGCAGCAGCAGCAGCAGCACCACCACUCGCAGCGACGACCUAUUCUGACACUUCUCCCCCGACAACGCAUCACCGCGACGAAAAACACGCCGUCUCUGCAUUGACAUCUGCGCCCACAGACCCAUCCACAAACACAACGCCGCCCACUUUGAUCUCCAGAAAAUCCUCUACACAACCUACUGAACCUAACGCGCCCGAAGAAGCCACUGCACCGCUGCCGUCGCAAAUUCAUUCUAGAUCAACUUCGCUUCAGCCAUCGUCAUCGUCAUCGGUGGUCCAUCUUUCGGCUGGGAUUAAGCGUCCCGCAUCUUUCUCUGACGCACAUACACCUGACGCGAUCUCCCCGCAUCACGUUUUCUCAGCGUCAAAGACUCGCACUCGGCGUCCCUUGGUAUCGCGCAGAUCAACUGCUGGUGCCUCUUCCACUGGCCCGCCGCUUUCCUUAAACUCGGAGCGCCUCCAAGCCAUCGAAGCCAUAGAAGCAGCCAAGGACGGCCAAUUCACUUUCCGCUCCACAGUCGAGAGCUCGCCAAUUGAAUCGCCUUCUGGCCAACGCGAAUUAAUUUUGCCCAAGACGUUGUCCAGAACGAAUUCAGAUGAGAGACGAGCGUCUGCAUCGCAGCGCCCUCCCGUCUCUUAUCGACCACCCCUCUCCACCAACAGCAGUACUGAUUCAUCGCCCUCGACCGCUGUCCGUGUCCCUCCGAUUCGAUCUUUCCGAUCUUCAGGCUCUCGGAAGAGCGUUACCCUCGAUAUGAACUCAAGACCGCGUUUCCACGACUCUGGCGACGAGGACGACGAUACCAACCAUGACCGGACCUUGCGCGCCCUAGAAGGUCGAAGCGACGACGAAGCUCUUCGCUCAGCCCCUAUCCCAAGCCGUCGCGGCGCUUUCGAUAACGAAGAUACUGGCGACGUCUUCCUGAAAAUUGCUAGGGAGGAGACUUCGCAGCGACAAACGGACGAACAGCCCUCCGACGAUAACCGAAGUGUAGUAUCCCGCGCAACCCGAUUCACACAUAGACGACCAUUAUCCUCGGUAGUCCCUAUACAUUCACCAAAUUCACCUCCUCGAGUUCGACGUCGACUUUCUGAUCAACGAGAAACCUCGCGCUCACGUUCAAGAGGUUACGAAGACGACAGGGCGACUGAAGUUUCUCGCAUGUCUUCCACAUACCGCACAACACCACGAGAUAAGGCAGCAUCGGCGCACCCUGGGGAGGACCUGGGACGCUCACGAGCUUCCACAUCAACUAUGCGCCCUUCGCCCGUGACGCCAAGAUCGAUUGUCUUUCAAGAACCCAGCUCCGAAAACUCGAAUUACUCCCGCCGCCGAUCCUCCAUUACUGACAACUCAACUGGACAAGGACGGAGUUCUACCUACAAAUCCAUACACCAUGGCCACAACAAGACAUACAAUUCAUCCCCGCUGGUUCGAUCCUUCGAUUUUCAGGUGCCGUCAAAUAUCGACACCGGAAACGGUGCUGAAGGAACUGAAUCUACUUUGUCAAACACUGCACCUUCCACGGUAUGGGAUGAACUAGACGACCUCAAAUCGAGAAUACAUCGACUAGAACUGACUGGUAAGCUGCCAUCGACUUCUGGCGCCGCAGUAUCGAGAUUAUCGGACGACCGACCGCCGACAGCGACCACGACGGCAACUACCAUGUCCUCCUCUCCCAAACGAGUCGAGAAUGGCAACCGCCAAACCACUGAUGCUGUUAGCACCACAUCCUCCCACCACCAUCGAGAGUCGCACAACAUUCUUCAAUCCGCCCUUGCUAAGUCCAAGGUUCUCCUUGAUACCGAUAUUUACCAGGCGCUCGAGUCUGCUGCCAACGAUGCCGUAUCUUUGGCUUCUAUGAUGGGAACCGCUGGUCAGCCCGGGCCAAUUUCCAGCUCCGCCAGUACUAUUGGCUCGAAUGCGACUGUCACUGAUCGCCAAUUAAGGCGAAAAGCCGAGAGUGUAUGCCGUAGCUUAACAGAGCUUUGUCUCGCGUUGGGCGAGGAAGCCACUCAAACACGGAUGCCACGACAGUCAAUCGAAGUACCACCUCCUGUCCAGAACGAAGCGCCAAUCACACCAACCGUCAACAAGACUUUCUCUGGGUUCUCUCAACGCAGACAGAGCAUUGGAAGACCUGAGAAGAACGUUCCCAAGGAAGGUGUUACUAGCCCCAGAACCAUGUCCAAGUUUGAGGAGAGGAGACUCAGCAUCCUUAACGGGAGCUCCCUUCCCACGUCUCGUGCGUCAACCUCGAUACCGUCGACUCCAAUCGAGCCUAUAUCUAGUCGAAGGUCUUCUCUUCUGGUUUCUAGAUCUCGUCGAGCUGGCACCGAAGAGCCGGAUGACGGUAGAACAUCAUCGCUUCUCCUAAGAACUAGACGUGCAGGCACGGAAGAGCCUGAUGAAGGCCGAAGAACCUCUUUGUUUGUCCGUAACCGUAGAAACACGGUCGGUGAAGAUAGUGAAGACGAAUCAAAAUUCCGAGGACCUUCUCGCAUCCGUACUGAUCUCAACACGAUCCGAGUUGUACCGCAAGAGCAAACGCCACAGCCAGCAGAGAAUACAUCAGCCAUCCCACGACGGCGGUACGUUUCCUCGACUAUCGGGACCUCCCGCCUGGCAACACCUUCCGUCAACACAGCAACCCCUCCACGGAGAUAUAUGGAGAGGUCUACGCAACAAGACCAAGGUACAACCGCGGCCGAUAGGUUUGCCGAAGAGCGUGCACAACGUUACACGUCUCUAGGGCAGACGACCAUGGUCAACAGAACUGGCAGCAUGAUUAGAAGACCUAACCGGGAGAGUAUUGCGUCAGGCAAUCCUUCUACAGCUGCGGGCAGCUACAGGUGA